AUGGGAACCAAAUUAGCAGGAAGGAAAGAGCUUCCCAUGGAGAGGAAAACAUUAGAAAAGGAGGCAAGUCAUGUGAGCUUCAAAGAGCACAAAGUUGCAGUAAUAUACUACCUUUCUCGAAAUGGCAAUCUUGAGCAUCCACAUCUCAUGGAGGUGUCAAUCUCUUGUCCUCAGGGAACUUUAUGUCUCAAAGAUGUGCUAAAUAGAUUGAGUUAUCUCCGAGGACAUGGAAUGGCUAAUAUGUACUCUUGGUCCACAAAAAGGAGUUACAAAAACGGGUUUGUGUGGCAAGAUUUGUCAGAGAAUGAUUUCAUUUCCCCAAGUAAUGGCCAUGAAUAUGUCCUCAAAGGAACACAACUCCUGGAAACAUCUUUGAGCUUCCGAUCCUAUGAAACAACAUCAACACCAAGCUCCAAAAGUUCUAAUGAAACAAACAAUUCUAACACUGAUGAUUCAGAGUCCCCUGCCACCAUCAAGGGGAGGAGCCAGUCAUUCAACUCGCUUGAUUACAAGCUUUUCAAGGCAAAGACAUGCAUAGAGUUUUCUGCAGGGAGAGCGGCGAAUGCUUCGACUCAGACCGAGGAGAAGAAAGGUUGCAAAAAGAUUGAAGGGUGUGAAGGAAAUGAAGGAUUGAAAGGGAGAAACUUGAAGGCUGUGAAGGAAAUGAAAGGAGGGUUAUGGCAUUGGCUUCGCAGAUAUCAGAAACCAAGAGAUGGAGAAUGA